CCACCGGGCGGGCGGGCGGGAGCGAGCGAGCGAGUGGAUACAUUGGGCUCAGGCGAUACAAUCUUUGAUACAAAGUGUUCCAGCGCCGCGGCCACAGACAGCUGAGGGGCAGCGACUCGUCCCGACCUGGACCACCAGCAAACCCCGCUCCAAGACCAAGACCAAGACCUCCUGGACCGGGAUCAGCAGCAGCAGCAGCAGCAACUGCAACUCAUCCCGGGACCGGAGCUCUCAUCCCAUCUGAGAUCACAUCCAGGUGCUGGGAUCUGAUCCCAUCCCUGGACUAGGAAGUGAACCAGAACCAGGAAGUCCAAGUCAGCGGGAGCUGAGGACGUUGAUCCGGGAUCGAGUCCUGAGGAAGAAAGAGAAGAUGGAAGUUUUUCUGUGUCACCCGGUGCUGAAGGCCUUCAUGUGCGGCUCUCUGAGUGGGACCUGCUCCACGCUGCUCUUCCAGCCCCUUGACCUGGUGAAGACUCGCCUACAGACCGUGCAGAGCUCCGUCAAUGGAUCUGGGCGAGUUGGAAUGAUCGCCAUUUUGCUGAAUGUUAUUCGCACAGAGAGAAUCAUUGGAUUGUGGAAAGGUGUCUCUCCGUCAUUUGUCCGAUGCAUCCCCGGUGUUGGCAUUUACUUCAGCACGCUCUACUCCACCAAGCAGCACUUCUUCAGCGAGAGGAGCCCCUCGGCACUGGAGUCGGUGGCUUUAGGCGCCAGCGCUCGCACAGUAGCGGGCGUCUGCAUGUUGCCCGUAACCGUGGUGAAGACGCGAUACGAGAGUGGGAAGUUUCAGUACGAAAGCGUGUUCAGUGCUUUGAGAAAUAUCUACAAGACUGAGGGCGCGCGGGCACUGUUCAGCGGACUGACAGCCACACUACUCCGCGAUGCCCCCUUCUCUGGGAUUUACCUCAUGUUCUACACACAGACCAAGAGAACAGUACCCGAAGACAGGUACCAGACGCCAAUUCUCCCUCUGAUCAACUUCGGCUGUGGCAUCUUUGCGGGCAUUUUGGCUUCCAUGGUGACGCAGCCAGCAGAUGUGGUGAAGACACACAUGCAGCUCUCUCCCGAAAAGCAUCGGCAAGUUAGACACACCAUCGUCUUCAUCUUUGAGAACCACGGCUUGGUGGGGUUUUUCCGCGGCGCCGUUCCUCGAUCGUUGCGCCGAUCCCUCAUGGCGGCCAUGGCCUGGACGGUCUACGAACAGAUGAUGACCAAGCUGGGCCUCAAGUCGUGAAGAGCCGAGCAGUGAAAGGAAAGAACCGUUGGCUAAUGGAGAGAAGGGACCAUCUCACUGGAGUUUUGUGUGCUGAGACUUCAAAUGGCUUGCGGCCUUUUGAGCGUGAACAGUGGUACUUUUUCUA